GACCUGGCAACCCUGGCAUAGUCGUUCCGCAUCACAUCCGGCACAACAUGGCAGCGACCUUGUGCAGCAGGAUUCUACUAACAAAACCCGGAUGUCUGCCUUUGGCUCAGAGUGUCCGCCAUGGCUCCAAGGCAGUCACCCGCCAUAGAAAGCCUAUGCACAUUCUGAAGCAGAAGCUGUUGGCUGUUACUGAAUACAUUCCACCCAAACCGUCUGCUGCACCUGGUGCUUACCCUUCACAGACCAAGAGGAUGGAGCAGGAAAGCGGCUUGGUGAGGUUUUUGAAGAAAAAGGUGGAAACUACGUUUGAAGAGUGUAAGAUGCUUGUCGUGGUUCAGAACAAUGCCACCAAUGCUGAAGACAUGCUUUUGCUAAGACACAGACUUCAUAAACAUGAUAUUGCCAUAAAAUUUUUCCCCAACCAGGUAAUGAGAUCCUACCUGCCCAGCAGCCAGUACAGAAACAUGCUGCCUCUCUUCAUUGGACAAACUGUUAUGUUUGUCAGUAAGGAGCCAAAAGUAAAGGAAAUGUUGCGAGUGUUGAGGAGUAGCCCACAGAUGAUACUCUUAGGAGGAUGUAUAGAGAACACACUGUUAUCACGAGAAGGAAUACUUAACUACUCCAGACUGCCAUCUAUAACCACUGUCCAGGGUGAGCUGGUCGGAGGCCUGACCUUAAUGACCUCACAGACUGUGUCAAUGCUGCAGCGGCACCCUGCCCACCUCUCGGCUCUCCUCCAGCAGUAUAUCAAACAGAAUCAGCCCGGAGGCACCCCAGAGUCUACAGCACCAGAGACCACCCCUAAGACAGAGGGGGCAGCUGUCUGAACAUGUUCAUGUCACUAGAUUGCUCUGUGAUGGGUAUGAUUUGUCCAAUGUUUGUUUAUAAUGUCUAUAAGCUUAAAGUGCAUUGAUUGGACUCUCUGACGAGGACAUUAAUGCUCUACUGAUGUUGCAUAUACUGGUCUGGAAAAAAUUAAGAGACUACUUCAGUUUUUGAAUCAGUUUCUCUGAUUUAGCUAUUUAUAGAAUAAAACAACAAUUUUCAUUUUACUCAAACAUAUACCUAUAAAGUACGAACAACAUUUCUUCCAAAUUCUAAAUAAAAAUAUUGUCAUAUAGAGCAUUUAUUUGAAGAAAAUUAGAAAUGGUCAAAUUGCCAACAAAGGUGCAGUGCUUUCAAACCUCAAAUCAUGCAAAGAAAACAAGUUCAUAUUCUAAACUUUUAAGAGUUCAGAAAUGAAUAUUUGGUAGAAUAACCCUGAUUUUGUAUCACAGUUUUCAUGCAUCUUGGCAUGUUCUCCUCCACCAGUCUUACACACUGCUUUAGGAUAACUUUAUGCCACUCCUGGUGCAAAAAAUCAAGCAGUUCAGUUUGGUUUGAUGGUUGUGAUCAUCUACCUUUCUCUUGAAUAUAUUCCAGAGGAUUUAAUUUGUUAAAAAAAGUCAAUUUUUAAGUGGUCUCCUAUGUUUGUCCAGAGCUGUAUAUGUCUUGUAUUUAUGAACUGAUUAGUACAGUGUCUGAUCAGUGGAUUGACAUUAAAAAGAAACUUGUAAAAUACAUCUGACAUUCAGGCUUAUUCGUUCUUCCUUUUUUAAGCAUUUGGGUGACCACAUUUACAAUACAUUUAUUGUAGAUGUGAAUAACAUAAACCAAUAAAGUCAUAUUUAACAUCA